GGAAGAAGCGAGCGGAAUGUAAAAAGAGCGCCUUGGUUCAAAGUGGAGACGUUAGCUGAAGGUAAGAUUGACCAAUUUUACCGAAAUAACUGAACAAACGGCAGAAAAGGGACAUUCAGGCGGUUAAUAAUGUGAUCUAAACCGACUGUGGAGCCCUGGGACUCUAAAUAUUAACUUUGUUUUCAUGUCGAAAACUUUGUUAAGUGUAUUUAGUUGAUAAAACCGGUAAAACGAAUUUAACAGAAGAAACUCGCUCUGUUUAUUUUGUGAGAUUAAGGUUUAAUUUACAGAAACAGCAAAUGUCAGAAAGAUGUUUUUACUCAAAGUUUUAGAGUAAAACGUUAAAGUUGUUGGUCAUGUUUCCUCCGGACAGGGGUGUGUCCGGAUUACACAGACUCAGACCGGGGGACUAAAGAGUGUUUUUGUACACAGAGACAUGAGGAAAUCUAAGUGUUAUAGUUUAUAUCUAAGGCUGAGUGAGGUCAGGUUUCAGUCCUCACCCUCUCUAACAGCCUCUCUGUAGUACUGCUCCAUCAGCAUGAAGAUCAGGUAGAGCUACACAGGUUUACACCAAUCUUAGCAUGAGCAGACUCAGGUAAAGGUGUUCUACAGGUGUUCAGAGGUGCACCGAUCACAAUUUUCUGGCCGAUCAUCGAUCUUUAAAAGGCUUGAACUGUCGAUAUCGAUUUUGGCCGAUACCUUUCUGUUUUUUUUUUCUUUUGUUUUUUUUUUUAAUAACUGACAACAUAAACCUUCGAUGCUCCAAUCUUAUUUUAAUGAAAAAACAUUAAACCAAACUUGUGGAACAAUACAACCUUUUUGUGUUUAUUUUAACUGUACAUGAGGCAGUUCUCUCAGAUAGAAAUGAAAAGUUGAGAAUAUUUCUGUCCAAACUACUAAAUUAAAUCAGUUCCUUUAGUCUUUUAUUUUCCACAUUUUAAAAAUGAACAAUACUUGGUCUCAUACAGGUCAGACUGCAGGAGCACAGCAGUAUUUUACUUUUACAAAUAAAGGAAAUCACAGAUGACUGUUGUGUGUGCUGCUGGAGCUGACGUGGGUGUGCACACGUGACCUGGUGGGCGGGGCCUGUCAUUCUGGGAAAGCAAAAAACUACAAUGGCCGACUUUCAGACCAUUACUGAGGUAGAUAAGAUCGGUGGAUAAGAUAAAGAUAAACAUAAAUAAAGAUAAUCUUCCAUAUGAAACCGAUAAAGAUCGACUUCAUAAGGAAGGAUCAGUCAAUCACCAUGGUUCUAGAAUGCUUGGUUCUUCUAUAGGUGGUUGUAGAAUGCUUGGUUCUGUUAUGAGUGGUUCUAGAAUGUUUGGUUCUGUUAUAGUUGCUUCUAGAAUCCUGGGUUUUCUUCUCCGAGUUUCAGAGAGCUUGGAUGCUGAGUCCUGGUUCUUAAAUGCUGGUCUUCGGUUUGAACGCCUCCUCGUAUCUAAAGCUGACUCUGUCCCGUGAGACAGGUGUUAUGAUCUCACCUGUGCUCUGUUUUGUUUGCACAGGUAGAGUUUCAGUUUGUUACCUGAGUUCAGACUGUCAGCUCUAUAAUAAUGUGCAGAGGUGAACUGUUGAUGUGUGUUAGUGUGUCUCCGCUCAUCAUGCCGUCACAGUGGGUCUCAUUCUGUGUGUGUGUGUGUGUGUGUUCCUGCUGUGGGGUGUGUAGCUGGUUAGCAUUGAUCAGCCUCUUGUUUACAGUGUAGUGCUCCUCAGGGACAGUGCUGAGGUUAAUUACUGCUCCUCACUCGCCUCCUCACUCUGCUGACAGAGGAGCUGACACUAAUGAGGAGGACACUGCUGCUCUGUGUCUGCAGGUGAGCUGAUCACCUCAGCUGGUUCAGGGACACACCAGGUUGACAUGGUCUUUAGAUUUAGUCAGAGACCAGAUACUGGUUCAGAUAGUUCCCUCUGUUAACGACAAAGAGUGAGCUCAGGGAACGUCCAAUAACUCCCUGGAUGUGUGGAUAAAUAUGAACGAUGAAGUUCUCAGUUCUCAUUCUUACAAACUCUCGUCUCUCCGUGGAGCUGAAAUAAUUUAUGACUCAGUAAAUUCCUGCUGAUGACUAAUUUAUCACCUGGUUUUCCUUUGCUUUGAUACUCUCCUCUGAAAGUCAAACAGCUGUCUGAUAAAAGUUCAGCUCAGGUCUAAAAGAGGAGUUCCACUUAAAAACACCAGCUGAGGGAGAAAACACAGGCGUGAUGUCUAUUUCAGCCCCUCUGAAUCAAUCAAUCAAUCAAUAUUUGUAUAGCACCAAUUCACAACAAGAGUUCUCUGCAGAUGCUUUAAUAACAAAAACCCGACCCUGUUUACGUCCUGUCCCAUUGUGUCCUCUCUGCAGUGUCCUGUCUUCAUCACCAUGAGUUUCUUCUCCGGUCCGUCCGGUCCGCCCGGCUGCACCAGUAUCCAGGAGCAGAGAGACCGCUGGGAGAGGAAACGCAGCCGGACGGCCAAAGAGCUGGUUCAGACGGAGCAGAGAUACUGUCAGCAGCUGGAGCUGAUCAACACGGUGAGACAAACACUCGGAGAUGAUGAAGUCGUGGCUGAUUUUUUCUUUAUGCGCACGUGUGACCCUAAAUACAUUUUACAAUUUGAACACAUCUGUUUUUAGUCACAAAUGCGAGUGAAACGGUCGCACUGUCGAGCCCUGGGCCAGUGUGCGGUCAUGUGGUCGAGGGCUGGGCGAUGAAAAUGUACAGAUACCAAAAUUUACGACAAUAACCAACGUCAUUUUGCUCAUAUCGGUAUAUUUGAUGUCAAAAAAAAAUAAAUAAAUCAAAGUUGUUUUUGGAUGGCUAUGGAUUAGGCUAUGGUCUCAUGUCCCUUUAAGACGCUGUCUAGGCCUGUCGCGAUAAUCAAUAAAUCGCCUUAUCGCUGGAUAAAUAAAAACGAGGUCGAUAACUUUGCCAGCCUCGAUAAUUGACGUGCGUUUGUUUUCCUCCUCUCUCACUACCAAACACGCUGGAUGAGAGAAGAGGUCUCACUCUGCGCAUUGUUCUCGGCACCUGGGGGCGUUGGCUCUAUAGCGGAAUGAACGGAGUUAGUGAACCCUCCUGUCAGUCAUUCAGUGUCUUUGUCACGAGGGGGCUGGCGCGCACAGGCACACAGACACAGACUUUUGGAUACAGUGCUGCAAGUGAGCGUCGUGAGUGAAAAGCAAGCUAACAGAAUGAACACGACAGCUUUGGUGUCUAAACCGAACGCAACAGCCCAAGUGUGGGAAUAUUUCGGCUUUAAACCAGUUUUCUUUUCGUCAACCACAAAACUCCACGUGUGUGCGCGCGCGUGUGUCUGUGUGUUGGAGGAGCACAGCAGGCUGAUGAGAGCUGUCAGAGCGGACUGAAGCUGCUCCUAUAUGUUUAACGUUUAACUGACUGAGUUUUGCAACUCUGUUCGUCAUUUUCGUCUCGUCCCAUCAACGUAAACGCACUUUCGUCUCGUCACAUUUUAGUCAUCUCCGACUUAUGUUUAGCUCGUCAACGUUACGUCUUCGUCGUGGGAGAAAAGGGAAAUAUUUUAGUCAACGAAAACAACCAGUGUUGUUCUCGUGUGGAAAUUAAAGUUUAUCACUUUUGACAUGGUGUACUCGCAUUAUUAUGCCAUAUAAUAUCAUUAUCUAUAAUUUAAAAAACGGUGUCAAUAAUAUUGUUUAUCGGCAAUAAUUUGUAGCACAAUUAUCGUCCAGCAAAAUUUGUUAUCGUGACAGGCCUAACGCUGUCCUACGUCAGAGACGUGACUCCGCCCCAUCCAGUCUGUAACGAAGAGGGAAAGACAGGUGAGGAGAUGGAGGACGGAGAGAAAGUUGGAGCGGCUGAAGUAGACAGUGAAGUAGACAAAGUUAUCAUUAUUGAGAUGAACUGAUCAAUAUAUCGUGAUAUUGAUUUGAGGCCAUAUCGUCCAGCCCUAAUGUGGUCCCUGAGGGUUUUUUUAGGCCCGUCAGCUCUCACAGAGAUCUGCAGAAGAACGAAGGGUUGACUUAAUAAGUAAAAACCAUCACACAGGAGGAACGGAUCUCCUCCUGGUCCAGAUUAAGAUCCAGAUUAAACACCAACAGUCUAGUCCGGGUUUGGACUCCUCUCUCUCUGUGUCUCCUCUCUCUGUAACUUCCUCCCUCAUCAGACUGGAGUAGCCUUCUUCAUGCUCCUCUUCCUCCCUGCGGAGAGAACAGACUUCUCCUCCCUCGGCUGCAGACUCAUUUCUCCACAAUUACUCAGCCUCCACCCGUCCGCUCCAAUUAGGAGUCAUUUUUAGGCCUAAUGCACAUUCAAUUUGCUAAUCCCAUUUUCACUUCAAAUGACUUGAGACCGGCGCAGCUGUCGCUUUAUUGUGAGAGUACAGCAGCAUCCUAAUGUACUGUGCUGCUCAUACAUACAGUACUCUCUAUAAUAUAAGACUAUAAGGCUCGGUAAUGCUCUCUGUCGUUAGCUCUACAGCUGUUCUCCGAGUUUCAGACUAAUUGAGACGUGUUUAAUUAUUUCUCCUUUUUCCUAUUAACACAAAGAGAUAACACGAGUUCCUCUGCCUCCUUCUUCUUCUUCCUCCAGUACUUUGUGGAGAUCCUGAAGGCCAAAGGAACCCUGAAGCCGGACAUUCGAGACAGCAUCUUCAGCUCGAUUAAAGCCAUCCAUUCGGCGAAUCAGUGAGUAUCCUCUGAAUAAUUUAAACAAUAGCUGUGCUCUGGAGAUGACCGGCUCAAAGAGAGGAGGAUUAAAAAUGCAGCGCAGAUAAACUCCUGCUUUAGCACAUCAGCUCCUUAUCUUCUGCAUUAGCAGCUGUAAUGAUGCUGUGUUUCCGAGCAGAGCGGCCCUCAUCCCAGGUGGACACAUUAAAGCGUAUCAGGUGUGCUUACUGCAGGUGAUAUCAACAUUAAAGAGCAUUAUAGUUACCGAAGAACAUUCAUGAACUCUGUUUGCCCAGCUGACCUGCUGCUGAACAUCUCAGGAGGAAAAAAAAAAAGAAAGAAAAACAGCCCAAUCAAAGUCGGGGAGAGUCUGGAGAGCUCAGCGUAUCUGUUUAGAGGAGAAAUUGAUCUUUCUGUCUGUGUGCGGUGAAACGAACGUCUCAAAGUGAGCUUGAAGGACUUCAAAAAGUUUGGCUUCAUAAAUAAGAGGUAGAUGUUUGAAGACGAGAACGAGAGAGCGUCUAUAAAUCCAUAAAAUACAAACAUACUGUAGGACUCAGAGCUGAUCCUGAAGCUGAGGUCAACUUUGAUGUAAAAAUAUAUCUGUGUGACGUCACUCAGGGAAAGAUUAUGAGUCUAAACCUCUGAGUUUAGGUGGUCUCUGGUUCCAGUCAGAGGAUUGGCCUUCAAACUGGGUCAGGGUUAGAGGGUCAGAGCUGCUCGUCUUCAUCGCUCCCUCCUCAGAUGUUUGGACAGAAGAACUGAAGAGGACAUGAGAAGUCCUUUCUAAUGGAGCUCCUCUUCGUGAUGAUAGCAUCAGCUGAUCCUUGGGGCUGUAGUAAUGGACAAGUUCAGCUGAAGACUGAGGAGACUUCAUCUAACCCCCGAUUUUCACCGUCCGCCAAUUCCUACUGGAUCUGUUUGUGAGGCAGAUUUUGUGGCAGAUCGUGCGAUAACGAGACAGACACAUAGACAUAUAAGCAGUAGAUUGUGUCCUUCCAGAGGAGGAAAUCUACUUCUAGACUUCUAGAAUCAGCAUCUCCUCAUCCAUGGUGUCAUCGGGGUGAAAUGACGUCUAAAAACCUUUCACUUGUUCGUCUCCGCCCGUUUGCAUGGUGUGAAAUACGAUCCUCCUGAAACACGGAGUGUUUUAUUUUGAAAAGAAGCCGGAUGUUUUAUUUUGUGUCUGUGCCCGACUUCCUUUCCAGCACGGGUUAAUCUGUGCUGAAUUUAUCCGCCAUGCUCCGGCGUCCAGAAAAAAUAGAACUCUUGUGAUCAGCUGAGGAGUCCGGCGAUCCGCAGAGGAACGGAAAGAAGUCGGUGUAAAUUGACACGUUAACUUGAAUGGUUACGAUCAGCUACGAUCGGAGGAUACGACCUUUUAGGAGACCAUCAGGAUGAAGGUGGAGAUUGGGGGGAAAUUGGGGGUUAAUCGGACUAUAAUCAGAGUUUGAGAACUUAGAUUGUUGUUGGAGAAUUCCGAUUAAAACACCCAGAAAAUGCGAUUGGAAUUUGAUUUUCUCUACCAUGUAACCAGCGUAGUCGGUAUAUGAUCAGACAAUGCAUGUACGCGUACGCCACAUCCCCGUAACCCUGGAACAAAAACACCAGAGAAGAGGAGGAACGGAAAGAAGUCGGUGUAAAUCGACACGUUAACUUGAAUGGUUACGAUCAGCUAAGAUCGGAGGAUACGACCUUUUCGUAGACGUUCUGGAAUUGGUGGAAAUUGCGGGUAAGAGGACUGAGACGCGGGGGGACUCUAUGAGACUGACGUUACAGACUGGGCUGUGAUUGGUUAAAACCCUCUGAAGAAGUAGUUUGAAGACCCCUCUGAUCCUGAGCUCUGAUUGGCUAUGUGUCUGAGGUUUUUCCCGUGGCUCUGGUCCUGGGCUCUCUGGCAGACUCUCUCUCUCUCUCUCUCUCUCUCUCUAUCUCUCUCUCUCUCUCUCUCUCUCUCUCUCUCUCUCUCUCUCUCUCUCUCUCUCUCUCUCUCUCUCUCUCUCUCUCUCUCUCUCUCUCUCUCUCUCUCUCUCUCUCUCUCUCUCUCUCUUUCUUCUUGUUGAGGAUGGAGAGUGAAGUAUGAAUUACACGGUGCGAUGUGUUGGAUAAAUGGUUCCCUGGUUCCCAUACAUCUUCAUUAUGAGCUCCUUAUUGAAUCAAUGUGUGAAACAUAAUGGAAGCAGUCCAUUUAAAGAGCUCCUCCUCAGAGAGAGCCCGCUGAUUGAUUAUAGAUCCUCACAUUUCCUCUUCACUGUUUUUGAUUUACAUUGAAUAUCUGCAUGACUGAUAACAGCGGAGGUGAUAAUUAGCUCUCACAGAUUGAUAUGUGCACACUCGCUCAUCUGUCUGUCACGCUGAAGACCCGGAAUAACAGACUGGGAGUCCGUAUGGCUCAGACAGGCGGAGGGUCAUAAAACGAAGGUGUUGUAAAUGUGAGCGUAGAGCCGUGUGUGACAGAUGCUUCCUGUUCCGAUCCUCCGUCAGAGUUUAGCUGCACUGGAGUGAUUUAGGAGGGAGAGGGAUAACUGCACAGAAAUCAGUCUCAUCACCUUUGGCCUGAUUCAGAGUCAGACUGAUAAUGACGGUAAGAGUGGGGAACAUGAUCAUCGAGCAGACCCAGCGGCACAUACUGAUCCUGCGUUACAUAAGGAGACAGAACGUCCUGACAGAUACAGAUCAGUCAAUCUUGGAUCCCGCAGUGUUUGAGUCUUGUCACCAACGUCGGAAACACGACACGUAGAUGUAGCUCACACAUUCAGUCAGGUUAGGUUCAACCCAACAAAGACUCACGAUCAAAAUAAGUGUUUCUAUGGACACAGUUUAAAAUAACGAUCAACACGAGUACAAUUUCUUUCCGAUUGAGCCGAAUCAGAUCAGAAUCUUCAGAUCGACAUCUUUACAUGACGCGUUUUUAUUCUGACUACUUGUUCCAGUGUAAACACAGCUCAUGUGUUGAAGAUACUGCAAUCCACUAUAUGCCUCACACUGACCUGAGUUUCAGACUGACCUGGGUCUCAGGUCUAGAUGUGCCCUCUUUGUUUUUUCAUAGAAGCUCAAACAUAGUCAUAUUUACGUUGAUCGUCUUUCAGCGUCUCGGAGUGAUGCGUUCAGGGCAGCCUCGGAUAAAAGAGCGCUGUAUUUCACACACAGAUGUUCAGAGAGACUCAAACAGGAGAGUAUGUAAACAUAUGAGGACGUUAGCACUAAUAUUAGUGGACUAAAUAAGUUCAAGGCAUAUCGUACCUGUUAUACUUAUUUGGAUGAGCAACUUAAUCACAAAUACUCUCAUAAUUUGCUCAUAUCCACCAGACAAGGUAACCCUAAAACUGCACCGCAAAAAUCCCCCAGAUUUUAUAACCCAAAUGUUGGCAGGUAUGGCGGGUGUGUUUGUUGGAUCAGAGAUGGAGGAGCGUCAGAGAGGAUGUGUAUUUAUCUGAGGCUCUGUCUUUAUUUACUGAAGCUGAGAGCUGCAGGAGGAGCAGGAGGAGGAGGAGGAGGAGGAGGAGGAGUCAUGGAUUCAGCAUUCAUUAGGUAACUUUGUUCAGUUACAUAAGAAAACAGACGUGAAGACACUGAGAUUCACUGUAAAUCAUUCAGAGGGGGAGGAGCAGGAGGAGCAGGAGGUGCAGGUCAAUUAUCCCAGCUACUAACAUGACGGACAGGAGUCAACCAGGAGGAGGAGGAGGAAGAGGAGAGGGAGGACAAGGAGGAGAGGGAGCAAAAGGAGGAGGAGCAGAGGAAGGAAAAGGAGGAGGAGAAGAAGGAGGAGGCCAGUUAUCUCAGCUGCUAAUAUGAUGGACAGGAAUCAUCCAGGAGGAGCAGGAGGAGGAACAAGACAAGGAGGAGGAGGAGCAGAAGAGUCUUUUCCUCUGUGUCCCCUCCUCGGUCUCGUCUCCUCCUCGUCCCGUGUUUUGUCCCUCUCAUUAGUAUUCUCGUGUUCAGGCCCGGUUCCUGUGAUGAAGGCUCCUCCUCCUGUUGUCUCUUCGGUGUCCCCUUCUUGGUGUCCCCUCCUCGGUCUCGUCUCCUCCUCGUCCCGUGUUUUGUCCCUCUCAUUAGUAUUCUCGUGUUCAGGCCCGGUUCCUGUGAUGAAGGCUCCUCCUGUCGUCUCCUCGGGUGUCCCCUCCUCGGUCUCGUCUCCUCGGUAUGGUCUCCUCCUCGUCCCGUGUUUUGUCCCUCUCAUUAGUAUUCUUGUGUUCAGGCCCGGUUCCUGUGAUGAAGGCUCCUCCUGUUGUCUCCUUGGUGUCCCUCUUCGGUGUCCCCUCUUCGGUGUCCCCUCCUCAGUCUCGUCUCCUCGGUCUCGUCUCCUCCUCGUCCCGUGUUUUGUCCCGCUCAUUAGUAUUCUCGUGUUCAGGCCCGGUUCCUGUGAUGAAGGCUCCUCCUCCUGUUGUCUCUUCGGUGUCCCCUUCUUGGUGUCCCCUCCUCGGUCUCGUCUCCUCCUCGUCCCGUGUUUUGUCCCUCUCAUUAGUAUUCUCGUGUUCAGGCCCGGUUCCUGUGAUGAAGGCUCCUCCUGUCGUCUCCUCGGGUGUCCCCUCCUCGGUCUCGUCUCCUCGGUAUGGUCUCCUCCUCGUCCCGUGUUUUGUCCCUCUCAUUAGUAUUCUUGUGUUCAGGCCCGGUUCCUGUGAUGAAGGCUCCUCCUGUUGUCUCCUCCGUGUCCCCUCCUCGGUGUCCCCUCCUUGGUGUCCCCUCCUCAGUCUCGUCUCCUCGGUCUCGUCUCCUCCUCGUCCCGUGUUUUGUCCCUCUCAUUAGUAUUCUCGUGUUCAGGCCCGGUUCCUGUGAUGAAGGCUCCACCUCCUGUUGUCUCCUCGGUGUCCCCUCUUCAAGUGUCCCCUCCUCGGUCUCGUCUCCUCGGUCUCAUCUCCUCCUCGUCCUGUGUUUUGUCCCUCUCAUUAGUAUUCUCGUGUUCAGGCCCGGUUCCUGUGAUGAAGGCUCCUCCGAUCGGCCCGGAUUGUUUGGUGGAGGUUGUAUCCGCCCCAGAUGUCGCCGCUGCUCAGAAUUAAUGUGGAUUAACGUGACUGGCGUUGAAUGCUAAUGUUAUCUCCUCCUGCCGCUGAUGGCCAGACAAUUUAAUUGCUGCGAAGAAAGUAUAAAAAAUGUAAUCCAUAAUUUCAUAUUUAUCAUAAUAGCCCGCGGCAGAGAGAGGAGGAAAAAAAGGAAACCGAGUUUUUCCCGCCCUUUGCCCUCGUUAGAAGUGUCGGCUGCUCCUGCAUCUCCUGAUUAUGAACAGAGGCUACCUUAGUGCACAACUUCAUUAAAAUCUAUUUAAAUCAACUUCAGCCGCAAAGUGCUCCCUCUCUUCUUCUUCUUCUUCUUCUUCUUCUUCUCCCGCUUCUUCUUCUUCUUUUUCUUCUUCAGCGUGUAUGAGCAGAAGUCUCUGGGAACAUCAUUAGAGGAAGAGGAGUGUGUGUGUGUGUGUGUGUGUGUGUGUGUGUGUGUGUGUGUGUGUGGUUCUUCUUCUUCUAAGUUUGGAUAACAAGCUCCUUCACGAGUGUCAACACCCCCAGCCAAUCGCCUGCGUGUUACUGUAAUGUGCCUGACAGGCUGAACGGCUGCUCCUCUUCGCCUUCAUCCUCCUGUUUUGUUCCUGAGUUCAGCGGGCGUGCUCUCACUACAAAGUGGCCCCCGGUGCCCUGAAGGUAGACCCGCCGUCUGGGUCCCGGUAAAUACGACACCCGCGGGGAGAGGCCUUCAAAUGACAGUACAGAGGAGUCCCAUUAACGGGGAAGCAGUCCUCUGAACUCUGCUCUGCCUCUAAACAUGUGAGCGUUUGGUGAAAACGAGGCUUCAGAUGAGAUCUCGCCUGUUUGAGCGCCUUCCUUCCACUGAUGCAGAGCAGCAGAGCGCUCAGGCGGUAAUGAGCAUUAGCUUAAAGUCCGACGCCGUUUGACUGGAGGCUAAAUGCUCAGUGGGGGGCGCAGAGAGAGGAGCGUGUCAAAGGUCUGAUGCACCAAAAUAAUCCACGCUCAGAGUUACUCCAGCAUGUCCUGAGUGAGUGAGUGAGUGAGUGAGUGAGUGAGUGAAGGAUGACUCAUUCUGUCUUUACAGUCACAGUUUAAUCAGACUAAUCUCAUGAUUCGUUAUUUUCGCCGAAUCCGACUUCUCUCCUUGUCCUCGUUUACAUGCAGCUGAGAAAAUCGAAUGAUUGACGUGAACGUGUCCUCCUCCCCAACACUAGGGGGCGAUAUGGGUCUUUUUAGCGGCGCUGUUUCCGACCCCAUACAACCGUCACCAACAACAGCAGGUCGGUGUCAGACGUCAGAAGUGUCUACAACUGCUGCUGGGCAUUUUGGAGAAACAAGAAGAUGAAGCAUCGUACAGCGUUGUUUUUGUCCGACAUGAUGGACGCGCUACUUUUUCUAAAGAGGAGACCAACGCUACUCCUCUACUUUGGGGGUUUUGUUCUGGGGUUACGGAGGCGUGGCGCAUGGGCACAUGCAUUGUCCGAUCAUACUCUGACUACGCUGGUUACAUGGUAGAGAAAAUCGAAUUCCAGUCACAUUAUCUGAGUGUCUUAAUCAGAGUUCUCAAACUCUGAUUAUAGUCGGACUAAGAUGUUUACAUGACCAUCAGUUGUCCGGUCGUAAUCGUAAUAAGGCGAUAAUUCGGUUUUCUCGAGUGUCAUGGAAACGAACUGACUGAUGGCGUCUGUUUGAUUCUGAGCGCCAAGCCUCAGUAACACCACAUAUCACAGCGCUGGGUUUUUAUGGUUAUGGUCCGGAUGAGUCCGCUGAAGGUCAUCAAGAUGAAAAGUGAAUACAGACUUCCUGUUUUAAACAGCAGAGGGCGCUGACGUCAUUGAGUCUCUUCUGUCUGUCGCUGAACAGCAGGUCAAGUUUUUUUACAUUUAAAGCUUCUAAGAGGAACUUUCUGUCUGAGUUGGUUUUGGCGCCCCCCAGUGGACAAACAGAUUUUCUCUCAGCUUUGUAAAAAAAACACUGUUAUUUGGCUUAAUCCCCUCCUCCUAAAGUCAUUUUACCGUGAAAUGUUCAAGGUUAGAGGUUCAAGGAAAUAUUAUUAUUCCUGUAAAAUAAUAAUAAUAAUUAUAAAAACGUUAAAAUCAUUAUCGCCCAAACUCCGCUCACUCUGAAUUAUAUCUGAAGAGUUACUGGCGGUUUCAUCAGUGUAGUAUCUUUUCUCCUCAGGUCUCUCCUGGUCCACUUGGAGAACGGUUUCUUUGGUCGAGGGUUCGAACAGUUCUGUCCACACCUGAACCUGUACAACACCUACGUGGACAACAUCUACAACUCCAGCAAAGUGCUGCGGGUGAGAGCUCAGUAUGAACACACACACACACACACACACACACACACACACACACACACACACACACACACACCCUCAGCAGCUGAUUAUCAUCUUCCUCACACACAAUAACUGAAACCUGAGCUGUUAUUGAUUCGUGCUGCUGACUCCAUCGAUUUGUCAGGACAGAACUGAGAUAUUCAUACUAGACAGGGAUGAAUUAAAUACUUCUGUACUUUAACCAAACUCAGACUUCACCUGUGAAAACAUGUGGUUUUUAGUGGAGGUCUUCCUUCUACUCCAGAUUUGUUUGUUAAAGAGAGUAACAGAGAUCUGAUGACGUGAUUAAUCAAAAUCAUAAAGUUCUGUAUCUCUGUCUCUAUGACUCUAGACCUUUAUGUCUCAGUAUCUGCAUCUAGGUCUCUGUAUCUCUAUGUCUCUGUGUCUGUCUGCAUAACUCUGUAUCUUUAUAUCUCUAUAUCUCUCUAUUCCUCUGUAUCUCUCUGUCUCUGAAUCUCUAUAUCUCUAUGAUGAUGUUCAUCUUUUUCUCUGUAUUUCUAUAUCUCUAUAUCCCUGUUUCUCAAUUUUUCUAUGCCUCUGUAUCUCUGUAUCUCUAUGUUUUUGUCUCUGUAUCUCUAUAUCUCUAUGUUUUUGUAUCUCUAUGUCUUUAUAUCUUCAUAUCUCUAUAUCUCUAUAUCUAUGUAUCUCUAUAUUUCUAUAUUUCUUUGUCUCUGUAUCUCUUUAUCUCUAUGUUUUUGUACCUCUAUGUCUCUAUAUCUCCAUAUCUCUGUAUCUUGUGUAUUUCUAUAUCUCUAUGCCUUUGUAUCUCUAUGUCUGUAUGUGUCUGUAUCUCUAUAUCACUAUAUCUCUGUGUCUCUAUAUUUCUGUAUCUCUAUAUUUCUAUAUCUGUAUGUCUCUAUAUCUCUCUCUGUCUCUUUGCUUCUCUGUCUCUGUAUCUCUAUAUUUCUAUAUCUGUAUGUCUCUAUAUCUCUCUCUGUCUCUUUGCUUCUCUGUCUCUGUAUCUCUAUAUUUCUAUAUCUCUAUGUCUCUGUAUCCCUCUGUGUCUCUUUGCUUCUCUGUCUCUGUAUCUCCUUUUUUUUUCUUCUCUGUCUCUGUAUCUCUAUAUCUCUGUCUUUUUGUAUCUCUGUGUUUCUGUAUCUUUAUAUCUCUGUGUCUCUUUGCUUCUCUGUCUCUGUAUCUCUAUAUUUCUAUAUCUGUAUCUCUCUGUCUCUGUAUCUCUAUAUCUCUGUAUCUCUAUAUUUCUAUAUCUGUAUGUCUCUAUAUCUCUCUCUGUCUCUUUGCUUCUCUGUCUCUGUAUCUCUAUAUCUCUGUCUUUUUGUAUCUCUGUGUUUCUGUAUCUUUAUAUCUCUGUGUCUCUUUGCUUCUCUGUCUCUGUAUCUCUAUAUUUCUAUAUCUGUAUCUCUCUGUCUCUGUAUCUCUAUAUCUCUGUAUCUCUAUAUUUCUAUAUCUGUAUGUCUCUAUAUCUCGCUCUGUCUCUUUGCUUCUCUGUCUCUGUAUCUCUAUAUCUCUGUCUUUUUGUAUCUCUGUGUUUCUGUAUCUUUAUAUCUCUGUGUCUCUUUGCUUCUCUGUCUCUGUAUCUCUAUAUUUCUAUAUCUGUGUCUCUGUGUCUCUGUAUCUCUCUGCUGUCCCAUGUGAUCUCACCCUCUCCGUCUCUGUCAGACCCCCCUCCCUCCCCUCACAUCUAUCUCUAUCUAACAGAGCGGCCAUGUUUAUUCUGAUGACUGACAGCUCUGACAUGAUAAGCACUCGGAGUGUUGACACAUACUCAUGCUAACACGAUGUGCAGAUGCAUAUUUAAUGACUGAGCAGCAGUGAGAGGGCUGACAGCGGGGUUAUUCCUCUGUUUGUCAGGCAGAGACGCUCCUCCGGCAGGUCCACACUCUUAGUGACAUGUUCAUCAUCAUCUCCCCUCUCUAACCUGCAUGCUAAUACUGUUAGCACAAUAAAACAUGGAGCUACAGGAGCUCAUGUCCUCAGUCUGUUAGUGUGUCCUGAUCUUUCAAAUCAGAGGCUAACCUGAGCGUCCUACGUGAAGUGUGGACUGAGAGGAGGACGAACACACACGCUGUUUGACGCGAUAUUGAAAUCUUACUGAAGAUCAGUCCGUCUCUAUAAGGAGCUCUUUACCUGGAAAUAAAACCUCUCCAUGCUCUCUGUGUGCUUUCAGAUCCAGCUGAAGAAGAGCAAAGCCUUCAGACGCUUUAAGAUACUUCAGGAAGACCGGCCAGAGUUCAACAACCAGAGACUGGAGGACUUACUUCAGCUCCCCGUCCUGAGGAUCGAUCAGUAAGAUUUCUGUCCGCCUGAUUCACAACUUAGUUUGUAUGAGUCCAGAGUGUCUUAAAUCCUUAAUUUCAUAAUAACUGAUGGAGAGGAGAGGACGUCUUCAUGAUAGUCCAGUUUCCUGAGACGCACAAACCCCGUCAGGUGUCUCCAUCAGGUCAGCAGAGCCUGGAUUCAGCAGGAGAGCUCUGCUGUUGGAUGUUUUUUCUCCUGUAUGAGGAAAGAAACGGUUUGUUUGAAAUCCAGAGCUCAGUUUAAACAGAGAGAAGAUGUGGUUUCUGUGAAGAUAUAAAUGAGAUGUUGAGUAAAGAGCCUCAGAUGUUAAGGUGAAGGAUCAGCUCUUCUCACAGAAACGUCUCCGAGAUGAUAGAUGGAUGUCACAUUUGUACCACUGUACAUCUGGAGAGAUGAAACAAGAAGAAGAACUAAUUAAGAUAAAACAGGCGGCUUGAUGAACCUCUGUCAUGAUAUCGGCUUCAUCAGAAAACGUUCUUCAGACCGUUUCUCCUCUUCUUCUUCCACUAAUUAACAAACCAGAUCAGGACCGCAUGAAAUCACUGAACAUCCAGACACAGAGCAGAGCCGCUCUGAAGACAGUCUGACAGUUAGUGAGGACUUUACAUGGACUCCACAUACAGUAAUAAUAACUACAUCUGUCAGAGAGAGUUUACAGAGCAGAGCGCUGCAGCAGGUGACGGCAGGAGGAAUAACAAGCAAACAGAACAAACAGAAGCGAAGCGUGGAGACCUGACGACAGCAGAGACACAACCAGAGAAACACCUCCAACAGCACCUCCGAGAUACAGAGGAGUUUAUCAAAACUGUGCGAGAAAAGGCAGAAACGUUUUAUAACUUCAGCUCCGAACAUGAGAGGAAAGGUGAGAGGAAAAAAGGAAACUCUAUCAGCUCUGGGAUUAAAGGUUCAAACAUCGAGGAAAAGUGAGAUAAGGGAAGCUCUAUCAGCUCUAAGAUUACAGAUCCAAACAUCAAGUAAAGUAAGGAGAAGGAAACUCUAUCAGCUCUAGGAUUAAAGCUCCAAUAGUCCCAGAAAAGUGAAGGGAAUGAAACUCUAUCAGCUCUAGUAUUAAAGGUCCAAACAUCGAGGAAAAGUGAGACGAGGGAAACUCUAUCAGCUCUAGAAUUAAAGCUACAAACAACCAAGAGAAGAGAAGGUAACUCUAUCAGCUCUGGGAUUAAAGGUUCAAACAUACAGGAAAAGUGAGGAGAAGGAAACUCUAUCAGCUCUAAGAUUAAAGCCCCAAACAUCCAGGAAAUGUGAGAAGAAGGAAACUCUAUCAGCUCUAGGAUUUAAGGUCCAAACAUCCCCCAAAAAAUAAAGAGAAGUAAACUCUUUUAGCUUUUAGACUAGAGGUCCAAACAUCCAGGAAUAUUGAGAAGAGGGAAACUCUGUCAGCUCUAGGAUUUAAAGCUCUGAAUCUCCAGGAGAUGGGGAGGAAACUCUGUCAGCUCUGUCAAUAGUCUUAAAUAUGAGAUAAAGGAAACUCUAUCAGUUCUCAGAAUUAAGCUCCAAUAGUACCAGAAAAGUGAGGGGAAGGAAACUCUGUCUGCUCUCAGAUUACAGCUCCAAACAUCCCAGAGCUGCUGAGUUUGAGACUUUGAGCUUCUGUUGAGGAAACAAACCCUAAUUUCUUUAUUCAGAAAUAAAUAUUUUAAAUUUAUUUGGAUCAUUUUGACCUCUGCUGAAUGUUGAUCAUGAUUGUUCAGAGCGAUAUCGAUAAAACUGAUGAGUUGUGCCGCUCUAUAGUCAAACUGUCUCAGAUACAUGAUCACAAAUACUCGUGUGUUUAAAUCUCAAACCACCUCCUCUCUUCCUCUUCUUCCUCUUCUUCCUUUCACUCUUCUUCUUUUUCUUAAGCGGUUUUUGACACUCCGUCCUGGUUCUGGUCUUGGUCCUGGACUGAUCUUGAAUAUUUGACAAAUGUGGUCACCUCAGUAAAACUCUGAGGAAGUCGUGGCCCGUCAGACUAUCAUGGGUCCAAAGAUCUUCAGUGAGGAGAACUGUCCCUGAUCGCUCUCAGAGUUUCCUCUUCUGCACAGAAACAGUGUUUUCUUUACGAACCAGGGCUGAUGUCCUCUUUAUCUACCUAAUAGGCUGACGCUUGUAUGAGCGGGCUGACCACUGGUGUACAUGACUGACAGAUAAUUCCCCUCUCUCUCUCUCUCUCUCUCUCCUUCCUCCCGUCAUCAUCAUCAUCAUCAUUGAUUAGUCUGACGCUCACGCUGAAGCUCAGGAGACUCCAGGGACGUGUCUAAUUGUGUGAUGAUUUUAAGUGGCACGGCUGGAUAAUCAUCUCCGGCCCGCUCCUUAUCUCGCUGAGGCUCAGCGGCGGGGAAUCGCAGGAAAUUGUUGUCACUUAUCGCUGCUCAAGGAUGAUGGAUGGCGAGUAGGGCUGGAGUGAGGAUACUUAUGUUGCUGCUGGGAGGAAUAAAAUCAUUGGCUUUAUUAAGUGGCAUUCAGUGCAGUCCUCCCUGCUGAGAUCUCCAUUAUGACAGUGAUGGAGUCUCAGGCUGAUUGUUGGAGUGAAUAGCAGCCGUCUCCGCCUGUACGAGCUCUGUUUGUGUCCAUAAUAGAGAUGCAGCUCUCGGAGAGAUGGCAGAAAUUGGAGGCCUUGGGUAAAUACACUCUGAGCCGAGACUGUUUAUGCUGCGUUCACAUGUUUUCACCAGAGUGGGAAUCGCCAGAGACCUCAUCACUCUGACAAACUUCAUUAUUUCUGCUGCUUCAAAUAUUUCCUCAUAGGCUGUUAAAGGGAUAUUCCGGUGUACAAUUAAUUUAGGGUCAAAGACACAGUAAGACUGAGUUAGACCCCCCCCUCCAGAGAUGAAUGUUGUUGACCGCUUACUUCUCUAGUUAUACCAACUUUAGUAACGACCGCAGGAUAGAAAUACAAAGAGCCACGCCCUCAACCAAAACGCCACUCUAUAGCCACAAAUAAUGCUCAGAACAGCACCUAACUUCAUCAACAGGACAUAUAGGGUCACAGACAUAGUACUAGACACCAAACAUCUUUUUAACUUCGACUCAUUUCUUGAGCAAAGUGUAAGGAUGCCUCGCCCAUGUUCACACUUUAAAGGUCCACAGGAAUGAUCAUUUUGACAAGCUUUACUGGUUGCAGAUCUGGGUUACAGCUUCAUCAGGCCACAAGUGUAACAAAGAUUGGUCUGAGACUGUUCAAGUAUAUUUAGCCAUCUACGUUUCCAAAUAUUCGGCUUACAUCUUGUUGACCUGAAGGAGAGUCUAUGUGGGGUAAUAACAAAGCACAACAUAUUCUGGGAGCCUGUGUGAUGUUAAACACGGGGACAAGGUCCUCGUUGAGGAUAGUUGUUGGAGGCCCAUGGCUCCAGAAAUCUAGCACCAAAGAAUCUGAGGUAUUUGAGUGACACAGGUCCACCACCCUCGAGGCUGACAGGACCGGCUAAAGAAAAUCACCCUAACACAAAGAGACUAAACACAACUCACCUACUCUCUUCCAGCAGCCACUUGUUUGUACAGAGACCUCAGGCCAGUCUAUUACGGACUACAGCGGGGUGCCGCAGCUCAAGGAAGAACAUUUCUUUAUCAUUUCCUUGAAGUAAUAAUCACCAUAUUAAUCAUUUUACAGACGCGGUAGUUCUUCUGUCUCAGCGUCUCGGUCUGAUUGUAUUUCCAUGAAGAAAUGAUCAUAAAUGUUCUUCCUUGAGCUGCGGCACCCCGCUGUAGUCUGUAAUGGACUGGCCUGAGGUCGCUCUACAAACAAGCGUCUGCUGGAAGAGAGUAGGUGAGUUGUGUUUAGUCUCUUUGCUAAAGAAAUGAGUCAAAGUUAAAAAGAUGUUUGGUGUCUAGUACUAUGUCUGUGACCCUAUAUGUCCUGUUGAUGAAGUUAGGUGCUGUUCUGAGCUUUAUUUGUGGCUAUAGAGUGGCGUUUUGGUUGGGGGCGUGGCUCUCUGUAUUUCUAUCCUGCGGUCGUUACUAAAGUUGGUAUAACUAGAGAAGCAAGCGGUCGACAACAUUCGUCUCUGGAGGGGGGGUCUGACUCGGUGUUACGGUGUGUUUGACCCUAAAUUAAUUUUACAGCGGAAUAUCCCUUUAAUCUGCAACAGGUUAGUCGGAGUCCAGUUGUCCUUUCAACGAAGAAUUGGAAAUCAUAGAUGCUGCAUUCUUAGUUUCAAAGAGUAGAGGGUCCACUCCGCUUGUUCUGCUGGGUUCACUAAGAUCUACAGAGGGUUCGAGGACACACGAUGAGGAGAAACAUGAACCUGGAUCUACUUUUUACCAAGCUGUUACUGAAACAUCAGAAUCAAAAUGACCCUUUUUUUAUCAAACAAAAACAUGUUUCAGUUUCAACAUUAAACCUCUGCUCUGAUUUUAAUUAAAUUUAGUGUUUAAAAGGAUAAAAAACCAUCAAAUUUAUCUAGAAUUGAAGCUGAGUAAAUAACAAACGUACAGACGACAUGUUUAAUCAGUGUGAAUCCCUGUGAAUGUGAAAGCAGCAGCAGGAGGACUCUAACAAACUGGUGUUUGGAGUGUGCUGGUGUAGAGGCUGAACCUCUGCAGAGGUCUGGGGGGUCAGUGUCAGACUUGUUGAAGAUUAAGAGGUGUGCAUGCUGAGCGGUCUGCGCUGGGUUUGGUCUUUUAUUUGUCAGGAGGAGGUUGUAAUGGAGUUCUUUAUGUGCUCAGGUAGUUCAAUCAUCUUCAGCAGCUGAACACUGAAACCGUUCUCAAGCAGAAGGCCGCUCUGAUUAAUUUCUUUAGAAAGAAAACUCAAAGAUGGAGGUUUCCUAAGUGGCUCCUCUCCUCGCAGGUACUGUGUUGGAUUUUACUGAAUAUUUUGUGUUAAAUCGUCAGUUGACCCUGUGGUUCAAGGAUAACUCUGAAUGAAAUAAAGUGCUUCAGUGAUGGUGUUUGGUGGUGAAUCAUUAGUCGAUUCUGUUGACCCUUAACACUGAGAGGACUCUUCACAGCUCACCAUUAAAGCUCUGAUUACUGAGUACACAAAAACAUGGUUAUUAUUGAUAAUCUGAGAGAGAGAGAGAGACCACCGUCCUGCGUCUCCAUUAUCUUCACUCUGCUUCAGAGAAUCACGGUCACCAGCCUCCUCAGCGACCAGAAUCAGAGAGGAGGUUUUAAAACUUUGGAAACUUCGGCGGCUUCUUAUAAAAACAUGUUUAAAAAAAAGAGAGACUCGACCUUAAAGAAAAGGAAAUUCAGAAUCUAAACCAUUAGAUAAAAAGUCGUGAUUUUAAGAGAGCGAUGAGAUAAAAGUAACUCUGAGACUCGGUCACCUCGGCACAGAUGUUGUUGUCGUUAUGGAUCCUGUCGGGCUGAAAGGACUCCUCAAAUAAAGGGUCAGGGUAGAGCUAGGGUUUUACCAACAAUAAAACAGUAACACUGACCUAAAAGAGGUGAGUCUUUGAUUUGAUUAUUUAUACAGACGCGCUGAGAGAUGGAGACGUUGAAAGACAGCUGAGUAUAUCAUCAUUUACUCGUGUUUACAGGCGUGUAGGUCUGAGCAGCUGUCUGAACAUGUUAUUCUAGUUUGUUCUUCUGACUCUGUCCUGUUAGUAAAGGUGUUUAGUUUUCAUUGUUGUUUCUGACUCUCAGUUUCCUUUAAACUUCAUCCUGAUUUACUCAUCUAAAGGUUUUAAUGUGGACUGUUUUACUUCACUCAAACGUUUCGCCCCGGCUGAACUUUAGUCCUCCUCGCUCCGUUUUACUUUCGUUCUUUGGUAAAGUUUCCUUUCCUGCCGCUUUUGUUGCUCAGAUCUCUCUGUUACCUCUCUGCAGGGCCGUGUCCAGACUGUUGGACUGGGGUGGCCCAACAUUAGUAGGGGUGGCACACAUGGAUGUUAUAUUCCUGUGUAAAUCUGAGUAUGAGUAAAUUAGCAUUUAAAGACCAUCUUUACCUCAGCAGGGACUGUCACAGCAUUGUUACCACAGUAAAUGUAUUUUCAUUAGAUUACCCAAUUAAUCGUCUGAAUAAUCAAUAAAAUACUUGAUUAUUAAAAUAUCCGAUGACUGCAGCCCUAAAGUACUGUGAUGAAGAUGUGACAGUGGACUUUUUAUGUCGAUAUUCUCCUUUUAUGAGACACAGUUUCAUCCCCAGUACACGUGUAUAACUUGGUGUAUCGUCACACACAGGUGAUCUUCCCUCGAACCGUCUGUGAAGCCGAUGAAAGUGGACUCGGGUUGUUCUGGAUUUGUCCGUAUUCACUCAGUAAAUCCCUGUUAAAGUCAGAUAAGACUCUCCACAGUCACUUUAGCUGUAUUAUAAUAGUUUGGACUCUGAGUAUCUGCAGUCCUCUGUAUUUAUCACAUGUGCAUUUCUUUCCUUUAAAGCUAUUAAAUUUGAGUAAUUACCCACGAGCCCGUGCAAUGCUCAGUAACCCGUGCAGGAGCUGCCAGCGCCUCUUGUCUCUUAAUUACAUAUUUGAAUCGUUAAUGCAUGUAUGGAAAAAAGAAUAAUUAGACAGAUAUUUCCUCCUUCACUGACGUGAGUGUAAAAAGCUGGGCUGACCUGACAGAGAGAGAGAAACCUGCAUAUCAUCUGCAUAAGAGAGAGGAAUUAACUCGUUCUUCGUCAGGAAACGUGAACUCUUUGAACACGGUUCAGAUUAUUGUCUCAUUAUGUUUUCUUUGCUGAGCGUCUAAUGAGCGGGACAGGGCGGCUAAACGCCACAGCUGCGUUUACAGUGUUGGAAAUGUGCCGUAAUAAAGCUCAUUAGACUUUCCUCUUUUUCUUACACGCUGCUGUAAUUAGAUUUGAGUCUCAGCUCUUUAAUAAGAAGCAGAGCAUCCACUCCUAAUAAUGCCUGUAAUGUAUUUGUUAUAACACGACCAAACACGGAGACCAAGGAGUCCCAUUAUUACUCUUUAUAAGUGGCUCCUAAUUGAAGGAGGUUUAACUCGAGUUUGUUUGACUUCAGAUUCAUUUCCGAUGAGUAAUGGACAACAACAAGACAACAGCGCUGCCCUCCUCCUCCUCCUCCUCCUCCUCCUCCUCUAUCUCAGACUAACACCGCCAUGCUAACCUGCUGUCCUGCAGUUCAUCCCGGUCCAGUCAUGGCUGAGUCGUAUAUGUUUUCAGUCAUCUAGGUAGUUUAACAGUGGAUAAAUUAAUCUUCAUUAAUAAAACUGUGCUAUUAAAAUUAAGAAGUGAUGGAGACUGAGUUCAGCUUGUAGAAUCAAAAACACAACGUCCCCCUACAGAUUUAUCAGAAAUAAACAACCUGACCUAAAGUUUGGUGUCAAAAGUUACAUUUAGGACUUGUCCAGUUCCAAAACAUGGACUCGACCCAGCUGAUGUAAAAUCAAGAGCUACAUAACAGAAUAAAUACGUGCUAGAAUAAGUUUCUGUUUGCACCAAAGAUGCUAACUUCACGUCUUUGACUCAGUGUUUACUAAAAAUGCUAACGUAAACUUACGUCUUAGUAUUUACUAAAAAUGCUAACCUAACAUUUUAGUCUCAGCGUUCACUAACGGUGCUAACGUAAAACUACAUCUUCGUCUCUGUAUUUCCUAAAGAUGCAAACUUAAACCAACAUCUUUGUCUCAGUGUUAACUAAAUAUGUUAACGUAAACUUACAUUUUUGACCCAGUGUUUACUAAACAUGCUAACGAAAAAAAAAAUUUCUUUGUCUUUGUGUUUCCAAAAGAUGCUAACUCAAAAUAACAUCUUUCUUUCAGUAUUAACUAAACAUGCUAACGUGAACUAGCGUCUUAGUGUCAGUGUUAACUAAAGAUGCUAACGUAAACGAGCGUCUUAACAAUGACAAUACAACAAUACAAUGACACUAAAAAGUCUGAGUCUGAGUCUAACUCGUGUUUCCCAAAAAUGCGAACGUGAAUGAACGUCUUUGUCUCAGUGUGUACUAAAGAUGCUAACCUAAUGUUUUAGUCGCAGUAUUAACUAAACAUGCUAACGUGAACUAACGUCUUAGUCUCAGUAGUCACUAAUGAUGCUAACGUAAACGAACGUCUUUGCCUUCGUGUUUACCAAAGUUGCUAACGUAAACUAACAUCGUUGUCUCAGUGUUGAGUAAAGAUGCUGACAGAAAAACAAAAACACUUUCAUGAAUAAAUUAAAAAAAUAUUUCAGCAGACUUUGCCCCGCCUACUUUUGCACACUGUUGACAUGCAGCACUGAACAUUUCUGGGCCGUUAGCCUCAAGUGGACACUCGAGGAACUGCAGUUUUUGUGCAGUUACAUUUAACUUCACAUUUUAAUACCUGAGGUUGAUGCUUCGGUGUUUAGUGUCAUCCCAUCUUUAAGGCAUCAGUGUGUCUCUGUGAGGUCCAGUGAGAGAGAGAGAGAGAGAGAGAGAGAGAGAGAGAGAGAGAGAGAGAGAGAGAGAGAGAGAGAGAGAGAGAGAGAGAGAGAGAGUGGGGCAGACUCGCUCAGUAGAAAUCAAUGUCAAUCAUCGAUGCUCUCCAAGGUCACAUCGUCUCCGUGUUAAAGGAUAAGGAUUUCUCAGGAAGAUGAUGCUCUGCACAAACUUUAUUCACUUUGGCGGGUACUGAUGUCACCAUGAGACCCUUUCACAAUAAAAGACAUUAUUCAAAGUAAAACACUAAAUAAAAGAAAUCAUCAGCUCUAAGUGGAACAGUUAGAUUAUGAUGUGAAAAACUUUUAUUUUAUUUUGUUCCCACACUUGCUAAGAUGUCUUGGGACUCCGACUUUGGAUGGCUUGUUAAUAUUCAGCCGCAGCCGUGUGUGAAAGUCUGCUCCGAACAUUUCCAGAUGAAUUUCCUGCUCCGGCUGUCUGAGGAAACUUGUGAAAUCUCGGUGAUAAUGGAGGUUGCAGAAACAAUGGUUAGACCAUUUAUUUCUCUGAUUCUCCAUCAAAGUAAUGGAUGAAACAUCAAUUAUUUAAUUACAGUGUUGUAAUGUAAAAGUGCUAUUUUCAGCGCGGCGUCUCUCUGAUAGAUUUCAGUGAACAUUUUAAAUCAGACAGUUUCAGAUGGUCCAGUUUCUCAGGGUUUGGUCUCAGCUCCUGUUUCGGUCUGUUGUAUAAUCCGAGGAUGGAGGCAGUGAUCCGUCUUUGACUUGUUUUUGACGGAGCGAUGUGUCCGAGCAGGUUGGAGGUGAAAAAUCUUCAUCUCAUCCUGUUACAGCUGUAUCUGUCCGAGGUUUUCAGCAUCAGCUCUGCUUCAAAGAGAAAACUCCAUCUUCAGCUCUCAGGACGUCAGAUCAGACUCUGCGUAGAUUCUGGGUCUGAUGGAUGACUGUGGGUGCACGUCGGGCUAAAACCCUCUAAAACAGAAAUGUUGUUUUUAGUUUAUCUACAGGCGUGUUUUUAUCAGGAUCCAAAAAUCGACUAAUCAGGGGGCGGGGUCUGACUCUGCGGCGGGGGACGUCGUGGCUUGGCAGGCUGAAAAUAUGCAGAUAUCAGCACAAGAAGGCAAUUAAACACGAUGAAAGUCGAAACGCUUAAUAUAAAUAUUUGGUAAACCACUGGACGUGGAUUUAACCCCCAUUUUAACCGGAUCUGGAACAGCGGCAACUGGAUCUGUUUGUGAGACGAAUUUCGUGGCGGAUACAGACAGCGGUUAUCGCAAGAACUCACAAGAAACCCGUGGAUUCACGUGCGAAAACGAGUUGUCUCUCUAAAGACAGACACAUAGACAUAUAAGCAGUAGAUUGUGUCCUUCCAGAGGAGGAAAUCUACUUCUAGACUUCUAGAAUCAGCAUCUCCUCAUCCAUGGUGUCAUCGGGGUGAAAUGACGUCUAAAAACCUUUCACUUGUUCGUCUCCGCCCGUUUGCAUGGUGUGAAAUACGAUCCUCCUGAAACACAGAGUGUUAUAUUUUGAAAAGAAGCCGGAUGUUUUAUUUUGUGUCUGUGCCCGACUUCCUUUCCAGCACGGGUUAAUCUGUGCUGAAUUUAUCCGCCAUGCUCCGGCGUCCAGAAAAAAUAGAACUCUUGUGAUCAGCUGAGGAGUCCGGCGAUCCGCAGAGGAACGGAAAGAAGUCGGUGUAAAUUGACACGUUAACUUGAAUGGUUACGAUCAGCUACGAUCGGAGGAUACGACCUUUUAGGAGACGAUCAGGAUGAAGGUGGAGAUUGAGGGGUAACACUCUUUUGGAGAGGACAACUGGACUUGAGACGUUUCAACUUAGGCCAGCGUUUCAGUUACCAAGUCGGAAAAAAGCAAAAUCUGAGGUGGAAACAAGAUGGCUACAUAUACGAAAGUUAAUGUAGUGCUCGUCUUAAUAUUCAGACGAGGCAAGAGCUAACUUAAGUUUCGUAGAUGUAGCCAUCUUGUUUCCACCUCUGAUUUUGCUUUUUUCCGACUUGGUAACUAAAACUCUGGUGACAUAGGUGUGACGUCAAUUUCAGUUCGGACUUCUGACUUCCCAGGAAACUCGAACACAGCAUAAUAACCAUAGACUGUAAAUUGACGCAGAAAAAAAUCGAGUCGACCAAUCAGAAUUUUGGCUGACUCAGCAUGUAUCGACCAAUAAGUCGACGGGGACUUUACAGCGCUAGUUUUUAUAUUUAUUUUCCUAUUCAAACGUAGUCUCCCUCCUUAUCUGGAUCAUAAAUCAAUAAUUGUGAACUCUAAUCAAAGAUUUCUGUCUAAACUGAGUGUAUCUCUGCAGCUUUAAUGACCUCGUGUGCACUUUGUGUUUUCGCGCAGGUACAAGCACUUCCUGCAGGGCCUGGCUGCCAACAUGAGUCCGGACCACCCCGAGUUCCAGCAGAUCUCCAGUAAGUGUCUCUGCUCUCUGUAAGGAGGAUCUUUACUCUAAUGUGGAGGAUACCGAGCAGAUACAGCCUGAUGUAACACACAAAGACAACAGACAAGAGGAUGUAACCUGAUAUACCGGAUCAGUAAAUGAUCCGCCUUCAGCAGAAGAUCCUGAAUCAGAUGAUGUUUAAUCCUGGAGCCUGUGAGGUUAACGUGGAUGUCAGAGAGUCUCCAGUUUGUCAGGGAUAAAGACUUUCACAGCAGAUACCUGAGCGAUGAUCAGACCCUCGGUUCGUCUCCUACCUGAGAGGAGCAGUUUACAGAGGAGGAGGAGGAGGAGGAGGAACGCAGGCGCUGUGUACAUUAAUAGAAUAAAGAGGAGUCGUCAAACAGCAGGAAGAGAGCGACCUGUGAGGCUGUGAAGUCAGCCGGUGUCGGGGCGAACGACAGCUCUCAUUAUCUUCAUUUGAGGAACAAAGGAGCGCCUCUCUCUCUCUGCCUCUCCGCCUCAUUUGUUGCUAUUGUCAGAGCAGAGCCGCUCGGCUGCAGGAAUGAAAGAGAGGAAGAGCGCCGCGUGCGUGUACGUCCCCGGUUUGAUGUGGGUUUUGACAUAAUUAAUCGGGAGCGGAUCAGAGGAUAUUAAGCGGGAGCGAUAUUAAUAAAUAAAAUCUUCAACAUCAACACGGAUCCCGAUAAUGACUAAUUUCAAUCGUCAAAUAAACAGCGGAUCUGACUGCAGAGCGAAUGUACACAAGGAAUUAUUUAUGUGUAUCAAUUAAAAUCUCAUUGCUGCUGUGCUGCCUCUGCUUACAAAUUAAAACAGCGCCUGACUCUAAGAUGAAGGUACAUCUCCUCUUCCUCUUCUCAUUAGAGAGGCUUUUUUUAAACUCAGAGUGUGUGUGAGUGUGUGUACAUGUGUGUGUGUGUGAAAACUUCCUGCAGCCAGCCCGCUCCUCCUGUCGUAAAGGGAAUAAUUUAAAAAAAGAAAAUCCAGACAAAUCACAUUGUAUCUGAUUAAGCGAACUGGAAUCACAGGAGGCUUCGCUGUUGUUGUUUUCUCCUCUUCCUCGCUCUUUGUCGGUUUGCUUGUCUUCCUCUUCCUCACCCCCUCUCUCUCUCUCUCUCCCUCUCUGUGCAUUCAGGCUGGAUUUAAUUGUUGUAAUUGCAGAGCUUCAGGAGUUUUCCAUCAGCCUGCUGCUUUAACAGGAACUCUAACAGAGAGUGACCUGAGCGUGUGCAUGUGUCAGAGCCGUAACAGGAAAGUUAACUGAGUCUAAACAGAGAAUAAAUGGAAGAAAGGAAGGCGAGGAGGAGCGUCUGCUGCAGCAUGUGUAAUACAGACAUGUUUUAUUAAUGGCUGGGCCAGAACUCCGCUGUAAUUAGGAGUUGUUGUUUUUCUAAAGCAGGCGAAGCUGGAAAAUAUUCCAAACACGUGCAACAAAGGGAGAAAGUCUACACGGACGCCUUGUUUGGUUUACAUUGUAAUUGUUAUGAAGUUAAGCGAGCCAAUUAGGCCGUGAUUAUUUUAGCGUCGGCGCGUCGCCCUGAGGAUCAAGAGUUCAUCCGCCGAGUUUCGGCUCACAACAAAAGCAGAAAAGUUGAGCCUGAAACGAGACGCCGGCUCUUUGUUGUUAUUUUGGACGCCUUAAUGAUGUUCUCCUAAAUGUUUACAACAGGAAUAAUGGAGGAGCUCCGUGAUUGGAGGCUUCGCUCUCACUGUUCGUACUCUGAGGAGGAGGAGGAGGAGGAGGAGGAGGAGGAAGAGUUUCGAGAUUUGUUGAGAUUUGAGAAAUGUGAAAGAAGAGUCUGACUUUAAUCGCAGUUUUUUAUUUGAAAGGAAAGGUAAAAAGUGUGUGUUCACCGUGUGUGUGUGUGUGUGUGUGUGUGUGUGUGUGUGUGUGUGUGUGUGUGUGUGUGUGUGUGUUUGCUGCAGGAGCCCUGGACGCGCUGAGCGAGGUGUCCCAGCGAAUCCAGAACAAUGCUCGGCGCCAUGAGAACCACCUGCAGCUGUGCCGGGUGCAGAAACUGCUGAAGGGGCGAAAGACGAAGGUGUUGGCUGCAGGUUAGAGCCUCUGAUCACUUAUUCCUUUCAUCUCCUCCUCCUCUUCCUCCCUCCUCCCCUGACGCUCUCAGGAGGAAGAGGAGGAGGAGGAGGAGGAGGAAGGCAAAUCAAGUGGAGGUAAAUUAGCGGUGAGAGAUUGAGGCCUGGAUUGAUGAAAUCGAUGUUUUCCUUUGUGCAGGAAAUGUUUUGAUUGUUGCUUUAUUAGCUGAGCAUGCUAACGGUUAGCAUGUGGUUCCACUCCCCUCCUCUUCAUCACGCUUCCUUCCUCUUUGCAUCCCACCCCUCGUGUUGUUUGUCUGGCCUCCUCUCACCCUGCCAAUCUCCCCCAGGACCAAUUAGAGCCCGGCCUCGUCUCUGGACCAGCACAUAAAAAGGCUGCAGAGUGUGUGUGUGUGUGUGUGUGUGUGUGUGUGUGUUUGCAGUAGUGCAGCCUGUUUUCUAAGUGUGUGUGUGUGUGUGUGUGUGUGUGUGUGUGUGUUUUGCGGAUGUGUCGGUGCGGCGCUGAAUAGCUGCUCAUCUCUCUAAUGCCGAUGUGGGAAGUUUCAAAAGCUUCCUCUCAUCCCGGUUCUCAGGCCCUCCUCGCAGCUCCGCCAGCUUCCUCUGCAGCCAAUAAACCGGCGGUCCCACCAGGCGCACUUCAGAGCACCCCCACCACCACCACCACCACCACCACCACCACCCUGAAACCUCCCGCGCUCCUUCCUCCCCUCCAACACCUCCUCUAAUGUGGCAGAAAGAAAAGCUCUGCCUCUUCCACAUGAGAAGCAGCGCAGCCCCUCGAACAUAUUAAGUAGCUCUGCAGGAGGUGGUGGGGGGGGGACUGUGAGACACAAAGACGGAAUCAAUGGGACAUCGAUACAGACACACAGACAGAGAGACACACAGACACACAGACAGACAGACCUCCUCCUCUCUAAAACAAAGACGUCUCUCCGCUCCGAUCCUGCUGCUGAACACUCCUUUAAUCAUCUCCUCUGACAGACAGCUGCUCCUCACUCUCCUCGGUCCGUCAGCUGAUCUGAGCCGUUUACCUACGACAACUUUGGACCAAUCACACCGAGGAGAGGGAGGAGGACGCCGCCAUCUACGGCUAGAGAGGAGAGCAGGGAGAGGAGAAGCAGGAGGAGGAGAGCUCUGAGGACGCUAACUUUUAUCACAAGGAGCACAUGUGCCUCUAAGUCGAAGAAGUAACCCCCUUAAUCUCCACCUUCAUCCUGAUCGUCUCCUAAAAGGUCGUAUCCUCCGAUCGUAGCUGAUCGUAACCAUUCAAGUUAUCGUGUCAAUUUUCACCGACUUCUUUCCGUUCCUCUGCGGAUCGCCGGACUCCUCAGCUGAUCUCAAGAGUUCUAUUUUUUCUGGACGCCGGAGCAUGGCGGAUAAAUUCAGCACAGAUUAACCCGUGCUGGAAAGGAAGUCGGGCACAGACUUCAAAAUAAAACAUCCGGCUUCUUUUCAAAAUAAAAAACGAACGACGAACAAGUGAAAGGUUUUUAGACGUCAUUUCACCCCGAUGACACCAUGGAUGAGGAGAUGCUGAUUCUAGAAGUCUAGAAGUAGAUUUCCUCCUCUGGAAGGACACAAUCUACUGCUUAUAUGUCUAUGUGUCUGUCUUUAGAGAGACAACUCGUUAUCACGUGAUCAAACGGCUCUGAAAACUCUGUUCCAGUAGACGGAGGAGGAGUCUGUGACAUCACUGAUCACCGGUCAACUCCAGGAUGUUUAUUGAUCUGACCGCUCAGCUGAUCAUCUUUAUUGAUCUGUCUCUAUAGCUCUGAAAUAAAGACGAUUCAAGUUAUUGAUCAAGUUUCAGUUUUUAUCGUUUCCUCGGGGUCGGCUCAAAGAAACCUGUCCACACUCCUGAUCCUGUCUGUUGUUCCUCGGACACAUCAGGGGGAUCAGGACCUUUUGUAAAUCCCUCACCUCCUCUGCCCCCCUCUACCUGGUCCAGGUAAGAGACUUUGUAGUGGAGCAGAGGUUCCCUUUGACAAGAGGAGCUGAAAGGCCCCGACACACCGAGGAGAGCUCGCCACUUCCUGCUCUUUGAACCUCAAAGCUCUGCGGACAGUCAGAUGUAGGCGGGGGGUCUGAGAGAGAGAGAGAGAGAGAGAGAGAGACCCCCUCCCUCACAGAGAGGACAGAUCUGGUUUGACUGAAACAUCUUCAGAAAAUCAAAGUUUACUCUCGAACCUGGAGCAGUCACUGCAGAAACAGUUUGUGAUGUUCUGGAGACGGAUCCGGCCCGUCUGCUUCUUCAUCUUCACACCUGACGGGAAGUGAAGUGCAUCAGUCUCACCACGCUGGACUCUGGCAGCGUCCUGAUGCUUCAGCAAACAGGAAACACACCGCUGCUCAUGCAGAAAGUAAAGCUGGAGCGUGUUCUGAUGAGCGAGUCUGUCUUUAAGUUUGAGCAUCACCUGUCCUGUCUCGUCUUUAUAGACAAACUUCGGCGGAUGUCUCUGUUUCUGGGUGGUGACCUCCAGAGGACCUGCGGACAGAAAUAUCUGCGUUUAAACCGGCGUGAGAACAGCGGGGGUUUCUGAGGUGUCCCUUUUCCUUCUGUUCACUUCUACAUGCUAACGGCUCAACUUUGCUUGAACAUAAUUGGACCGUCUUAAAAAAACGUUUUGGAGUCAGAUACAGCCUGAUCCAAAGAUCUUCUUCUGCUCAGGAACACCAGCAGACGUCUUCACCUGCUCCUCAGUCUGUGACCCACCUCCCUGUUUUGGUCUAGCUCUUCAAAGUGGACUCGGGUACCAUACCCAAGUCCUGUACAGUUUAGUUCACACUGAUCAAAUGAACUGGACUUUGGGGUCAGGUGUACUUGGAUCAGGACCUGAGACCCGGAAGUGAAAUCCGGCUGAAACACGAGCUUCAUCAGUCAGUGUGUUUACAGUCACAGAUUAAUCGGACUAAGAUCAUAAUUCAGUUUUCUGUCCUCGUUUACAUGCAGCUGAGAAAAUCGAAUUAUUGACGUGAACGUGUCCUCCUCCCCAACACUAGGGGGCGAUAUGGGUCUUUUCAGCGGCGCUGUUUCCGACCCCAUCCAACCGUCAACAACAACAGCAGGUCGGUGUCAGACGUCAGAAGUGUCUACAACUGCUGCUGGGCAUUUUGGAGAAACAAGAAGAUGGAGCAUCGUACAGCGUUGUUUUUGUCCGACAUGAUGGACGCGCUACUUUUUCUUAAGAGGAGACCAACGCUACUCCUCUACUCUGGGGGUUUGUUACGGGGUUACGGGGGCGUGGCCGAUCAUACUCCGACUACGCUGGUUACAUGGUAGAGAAAAUCGAAUUCCAAUCUCAUUAUCUGGAUGUCUUAAUUGGAGUUCUAAGGUGUUUACAUGACCUUCAGUUGUCCGGUCUUUAUCGGAAUAAGGCGAUAAUUCGGUUUUCUCGAGUGUCAUGUAAACGAACUGAUUGAAACCUCUGAGUAAAAGUUUACACUGAGACUGAGCAUGAACACAUGAAUAUUCACUCCUCCAUUUUUCAACCAAGAGCGUUUAUGAUGCAGACGUCUCUGAUGCUGAUUGGACAGUAAUCAAUGCUCUGCACAGGAAACAACGUCUCUGCAGGAAAUCGUUUUUCACCACCGCCCAAUCAUCGGCCUCGGUUUCCAGAGACACACUGAAAAAAAUAAGUCAUAAAAUUUACUUUAAAAAAUAUUCUAUUUGAACGCAAAUGAUUUAAAUAAAAUUUAAUGCUGCAGUAUUAAGUAAAUUUUACUUUCCAUAAAACAUAACAGCUGUGAAGAUAUUUACUAACAUUUACUUCAUUUACUUAAUAAAUUUACUUAAUAAAAUACAUCCAAUUUUUAAGUUAUAUUUAUUUAAACAAAUUAAGUAAAAUCUGUAAAAACUAAAACUGUAAAGUAAAACUGUAAAACUGUAGUGCAUGUUUAAUUCAAACACCCUGAUCUUAGAGGAUCAUCAAACACGUCGGACUGAAACUCCCUCUCUGUUCGCUCGUCGAGCCUGGCGGUGUACAGGUAUCUCCUCCUGGUUGUGAGCUGAGGUCUGUUUCCUCUGGUCUGAGCUCAGCUGACUGACUGUUUCCUGUUCCAGUGUUGUUGGAGGAACCGUCUCUACAGGCUCGUUUCAAACCCACUUUUAUUUCAAUCACAUUAAGCGAGCGAUCACAGCCGCCGCUCCAAUCUCCUCCCCACCUGAGAGAGUCUCCGGGUGUCUCCGCUCUGUUUUCCCUUUAAGACCCGUGGCAUUUUAAAAGCAAUUUGACCCCUGCCUGGCCCCGUCACUUAAUCUCGGCGGGCUGGUCGGCGACUGGAAACGUCCUCUGCGGGCCCCAGAGGCACGGCUCUGGACGCUCAGACUCGCCGCAAUCACAGGCGACCGGCCCGGCCAAUUACAAAGCACCCUGCGCCCGGGCUGAAUUUUCAUCUUAUCUAUCCAAAUGUCAGCCUGCUGCUUAUUAGCUAUCAUCACGCUGCUGCCAAUCAUGGAGGCAAAGAUGAGAGCGUCCUCAGAGGAAGAAGAACGCCACACCCCGACACGUCUGCCUCCCACCGUUUUCUCCCCGUCGUUUUCCUUCAGAUUCGUUAGCGUCAGGAUUUCACUCUGUUUUGCCCCGCAGAGCGUCAGGAUUAAACCUGAUUAAACCUGCUCUGUGGUCACUCUGGGUCUGCUCAUGGGAGGUACUCAGGUCUGAGGUCUUCAGGAGACUCUGUAACCGGAUUUAGAGCUGAUCCUGUGUCUGUAUCUGAAACAGGCUGUUAAAGUCCGGGUUGACGAUCUGAGAAGCAGUUGAAAAAAAUGAAGCCGUUUUGGCAGAUUUGAAAAAAGCGUCCCACCCACACACACACAAACCCCUCCCCCCUGAACCUGUAUCCCCCUCCCCACGACACGCCCCCUCCGACAGAAGAUCCUACGCUAGCUUCAAACAGGAUCCACCGUGUCGGAUUGUUAGUGACUAGCGGCAGUAAACGCCAGCUCUGCUAGCGAGCGCCGUCUGCAGCUGCCUGGACAGCUACCGUGUUGACAUGUCAGAGACUAAUCAGAGUUAUUUAUGUAACAUGAGCCACGAUAAAAGGAGAUAAAAAUGACCUGAGGGCGGAGCUUUCUCCACCGCUCCAAGGAUGACCCGAUGGUUAUUUACGUUAGAUUCCUCGCUUGGUCACAUUUCCUCUUCGACUCCGCCCUUUCUUCUGUCCCACUUUUGGCGGUGGGGAGAGCAGAAGUCGUCAGCUCCUGUAGCUAAGCUGCUACGCUACUUUAAGCCGCUAGGAGCGCCGAGGAGGGCCGGGAGAGUGGGAGGGGUGUGUCGAAUACAGCGAGGUGAUUGGAUGGAGGGGCGGAGCAGGAGAUUGACCAAUAGGAGCUGUCUGGGACGCAAUUUUUUUUUUUUUUUGUAGGAUGGUAGGGAAAGCUCCUGCCCUCCCUUCGCAUCUGAUUGGCUAGAACUGCUGGGCUCUGAUUGGUUAUUCCUCGUGGCUGUGAAACGUCGUCGUCUGUCGGGUUAGGAGACUCAGAAUUACGAUAAUGUUCUGUUCGAUGUUCAGAGCCGACAGCCCGUCUUUGGCUUGAGCGUGUGAUGACGUUUCCAGCUCUUCUAGCCAAUCAGAGGCGAAGGAGGCGGGACUUUCCACCACUAUCCUACAAAAAAAAUAUCGCAUCCAGGACGGAUGGCUCCCAUUGGUCAAUGUUUUUGCAGCCCUGCACCUGCUAGGAUGAAGAGAUUUUUUUCGUUCUUUUUUCUCUUCACUUUGUGGAGAUCAAACUAUAGGACCGUGAUCGCCAUGGAAACGAGGUUCAUAAUCAUUACCAAUCUCUACAAUCGUCAACCAUGACUUUAAAUAUACCUGCAACAUAACCUAGAGUGUGUUUCUAGAUCCUCCUGUGAUGGUGAUCUGGUGUCCCGUCUUUAAUCAGAGUUUUUUUUUCGUUGUCUCAGGGCGCUGGUUCCUCCGUGAAGGUUGGCUGAAGGUCGUUCCUCAUAAAGGGAAAGAGGCCAAACCCAAGAUGUUCUUCCUGUUCUCCGACAUGCUGCUGCAGGCCAAACGCUGCAGCCCGCUGCAUCCCACCAACGGGGACAAGUUCGCCGGCCAGCACGCCUACCCUCUGCAGGAGUGCAGCGUGGAGAAGGUGUUCGGACACACCAGGAGCCAGGGAGGCCUGCUCAGUGUAAGAGACCGAAAACCAGCUCAGGGGGGUCAGAGGAGAACCAGCUGAGGGGGGGUCACAGGGUUUACUGUAAAACUGCAGAGGGGUCAGGGGUCAAGGGGGGGGGGGCACUUUAACAGAGCAUCAGAGGUCACAUCCUGGAGGUCAGAUCACGGCGAGAAAAGAGCAAGUAUGUUUGUGCUGAUGAUCAGGAUCAGGAGCUCCUCCUCUUUUCUCCUCUUUCUCUUCUUCUCUCCCCUCCAACUCUCCACUUUCUCCCCUUCCUCUCCUCUUGUCUCUUCUCCUCUUCCUCCUCUCUUCCUUUCCUCUCCCUUCCUUUCCUCCUCUUUCUCCUCUCCUCUUCCCUUCCCUCUCCUCUCCUCUCCUCUGCUCGCCUUCUCUUCAUCAUCUUCCCCUUUUCUUCUCCUCUCCUGUCCUCUCCUCUCUCCCGUCUCCUCACCACUUCCUCUCCUCUUCACUUCUCUCCUUUCUACUUCUCCUCACCACUUCUCUCCUCUCCUGUCUUCUUCUCUCCUCCCCACUUCUCUCCUUUCCUUUCCUCCUCUCUUCUUUUCAUUCCUCUUACUAUUCUCUCCUCUCCUUCUCUCCUCUCCUCACCUUUUCUCUCCUCUCUCCUUCCCUCCUCUCCUCUCCUCUCCUCUCCUCCUUCUCUCUCCUUCUCUCCUUUCCUCUCUCCUCCUCUCCUUACCUCUCCUCUCCUCUCUCCUUCUCUCCUCUCCUCUCCUUUCCUUUCCUCUCUCCUCCUCUCCUUACCUCUCCUCUCCUUUCCUUUCCUUUCCUCCCUUCCUCUCUCCUCUCCUCUCCUCUUCCUCUCCUCUCCUCUCCUCCUUCUCUCCUUUCCACUCUCCUCCUCUCCUUACCUCUCCUCUCCUUUCCUCUCUUCCUCUCUCCUCUCCUCUCCUCUCCUUUCCUUUCCUCUCUUCCUCUCUCCUCUCCUCUCCUUUCCUCUCUUCCUCUCUCCUCUCCUCUUCUCUCCUCUCUCCUCUCCUCCUCUCCUCUCCUCUCCUCUCCUCUCCUCUCCUCCUCCUCUCUUCCUCUCUCCUCUCCUCUCCUCUCCUCUCCUCUCCUUUCCUCUCUUCCUCUCUCCUCUCCUCUCCUCUCCUCUCCUCUCCUCUCCUCUCCUCUCCUCUCCUCUCCUCUCCUCUCCUCUCCUCUCCUCUCCUCACCUCUCCUCUCCUCUCCCGGUUGUGUCAGUCUUAAAGAUCCUGAACUCUGAUUGGUCCUCGUCCUCUCCGUCUGCGGGCCUCAGUACAGCUGCCGGCUGACACUUGGCGUCUGAAUGAUGAAGCGUCUGUCAUCAAACAUUCAGAGCAGCUGGUCGCGCCUCAUUGGCUGAGGACUCAAAGCGUUUCUGCAGAAGUGUUUAGCGGCGGAUGCUGCGUGGUAUCAGGAUUCAUUUCAGCAGCAAACAGCCUUUAUGUGGAGCCGUUCAUGUGACGCGCAGCGGCGGCGAGCAGCUCUCAUUACUGUCUCAUACACUGCUAAGUGUUCACGGCGCCGUCUGUCCAAAGUGACGGCGGCGUGUGAAGAUUUCUGACAGUCAAACAGGACGAAGACAGAACUCAGAGAGUCCACAAUGUUUUUCAGACUCGUGGUUAAAGUGACAGCGGCGCCGAAAAGCUCUUUGAUAGUCUGAUGUCAGAGGUGUGUCACCUACCUGUUAGAGUCCAGAGAGAGAGGGAGAGAGAGAGAGCGAGCGAGGGAGGGAGAGAGAGAGAGAGAGAGAGUGAGUACUGAAUCAGCUGAGGACGAGACGGCCAAUAAACUGAAACACAAAUACAAUAAAGAGAAAUCCCCGUCAGGAGUCUAAACUCACUCGUUCACUCAGUUCUGUUCAUGUUCGUGUUGUUUGACAGUUUCCACAGAUUCACUCGUUCACAUACGCUCUGAGUUGGAGUCUAAAGUCUAACAUCCAAACAGUCUGACCCUGUUUUCAUGAUCCUAAAUCACCGACUCUGUCCUCCUGAAAAAGAGACUUUCACUCAUCAGUUUAUUAAUCGAGUUUAUCUAAACUGAUGUUUUUAUCACCUCUGUGAACGCCUCUCAUCCUCAAAAUGAAGAAGAAAACAACUACAAACAGUUCAAAGCUCAGAAACUAUUAUAAAGACUUCUAUUUAAAUGCACCUGAACAGCCUGUAAGUUUGGACGGUAGUAUACUGUAAACAUACGGCUCGGUUUACCUGCUCAGGUGUUUAUCUUAGAUUUAGUGUUGGAAAUGACAGAACCACACAGAAACACAGUUUAUGAGUAAAAACAGGAGGAGCUGGUCUCCUUUACAGUGAAACAUGAUCUGAAAUACAGUUACAGUAAAACAGUAAUUUACUGAUAAUUAUAUUAAUAAUGAAAAUAAUAAAGUAACUUAUGAUUAAGAUCUUAAUAGACAAGCAAGUUAAUCCAGAACAGGAGUUUUUAUUUGACCGUAUAUAUAUACAUACAUAUAUAUAUAUAUAUAUAUAUAUAUAUAUAUAUAUAUAUAUAUAUAUUUGUGUGUGUGUAUAUAAUACUAAUACUUUUUAAUUUUUUUUAAACAAACCUCAUAAUAAUGAUGAUAAUAAUAAUAAUCAUAAUAAUUUAUUAUUAUUUUUAUUUUUAUUAUUAUUAUUAUUGUCAUUUAUAUAUUUUUAUAAUAAUAAUAACUAUUAUUAUUUUUAUAAUAUUUUUAUUAUUGUCAGCAGUUUCUCCAUUAUUAUUAUCAUUAUUAUUAUUAUUAUUAUUAUUGUUAUAUUAUUGUUAUUGUUAUAUUAAUGUCUGGGUUUCUGUGCAGAGGCAGAGUUUCAGAGAUUCUCUGAUUUCCUUCGACUCCUUUUAUAAACAUUAUAUAAAGGAUUUUAUGAACAGACUGUAGAUACCUGUCUGCAGGCUGAGGACAGGUGAGGCAGUGAGAGGUUGGUCUCAGGUGAGCUGCUACAUCAGUCUGUGUGUGUGUGUGUGUGUGUCGGCCUCCUCUCUGCUGUGAAUUAAAGCGCCUCCUCCUCCUCCUCCUCCUCCUCCUCCUCCUGCUCCUUAAUGAAAAGCCUCCUGAUGUGCAGAUUACUGCUGGCUGUAUUAUGUGUGCAGAGCAGUGAUGGCCGCCCGCUGUAACAGAAUCUCUCAGCUGCUGGAUCAGAUUAGGCUGCAGAUCCGUCUCCUCCGGCCCUCCACUAAAUACAUCUUCCUCACGCCUGUCGCCCUCCCCGCAGCCCGCCGCGCCUUAUCUAAUGGCAGAAAUGGCAUUUCAUUAGCCUCUUAUCCCGCCGAGGCCCCGCUGCAUACUCAAUAGCAUUACACGUAAUUUCUCAUAAGGACACAUUAUUGAUCCCGGGCCCCUACCUGAGCGCAGGAAAAGGGCUGUCAGCACUCCGGGGCCCGGCUCAUCCCGCCAAUGAAGAAUUAAAGCCAAAUUAAAUUUGACAGCUGUAAAUGCCAGGCCAAUCUAUAUGCAAAGUUAGCAGCAAGAAUGUCUGUUAUUAAAAUUUCUGCUGUUUGUUUCUCCUCUUCUUCUCCGUCACACGUGUUUGUGGAGAGCCUUUCCUCCUCUUCCUCUUCCUCUCACGGCUCUGCAGUCUAACCGCCUCUUCCCUCGCCGCUCCGACUCUCUCCCGUGCACAUCCCUGACACGCUCCCUUUGAUGUAUAAAUAAUCCAGCUAAAUUAUGAGGCUCCGUGCUCUGCCGCUCUUAUUAUACAAAGUAAUUUCUACCUAAGAGGGUCAGAUUUCCUGACAAAUCCCUAAUUACCGCGCGGCAACACAAGAGGAAUCUAUUUGUGCAUAAAUGAGGCGCUGUCCCCGCCGCGUGAGGAGCCAGCUCUGAACCGGGUAAUGAGAUAAUGCUCCUGAUGAGACCACAUUAAGUCUUCAUCUGUUCAGGAGGAGGCCGUGAUGUUUGAUCAGCUGUACGUUGUUCAGGUGGAUGCAGCUGAUGGAUGCUCGCUCUGAUCCCCUCCUCACUCCGCCUGUGUGUGUGUGUGUGUUGUUCUGGCCCGGUUCUGGUGCUGCUGUUUCUGUAGGUUCAGCCCUGAUAAAUGAAGCUUCAUGUAGAUUCGAGCUGAUUUGUCUCUCGGCUCAUGAAUCAGAGUUUCUUCAGACUCUGAUGAAUGUCUGACUGCAGAAACAGAAGUCUAUUUUAGUGCGGCUGACGGAGACGAGUCGUCUCUGCUUGAUAAAGUCUGCCCUCUACUGUUCUCUGAGAGUCACUGCAGGUUCGGUUCAUUCAGUCAGAGCCGAACAAAGACGAGGACCGGAGGAUCAGACCCAGACCCAGCUUAAACCUGGAAACACCUCAGAGGCUGUUUUUAUCCAAACCGACCGGAGAAUAAACUUAUUUUUCAACAUUUACUGAUUUUUAAAAGUUCAGAGUAAAGAAACAGAAACAUGAGGAGGUCAGAUCUGAGAUGAACUCCAGUUUUUAUCUCCUGCGCUGAUACUGAGCAGAGUCCUGUCUCUGAAGGAUCUCAGUAAAAUAUUCUCUCCUCGUUAGUUUAUUUAUUUAUUUAUUCAAACAGGUUAAAAGAAAAAACAAAAUAAACUCAAUCUACAGUGCGCUUUGGCAGAAAAACAAUUAAAGAGACAGCUCUGUAGCAACAAAGAGAAUCAUACUUUGUUCAAAAAGAUGUUGGAUAAACUUAUUUAGUCCUUUAUUGUUGUGUUACUGUAAUUAAAUCAGACAGAACAUGUGAAGGAAAAACAGCACAGAAGACAGAAAAGAUGUUGGAAAAGAAAUUAUUAAUUUGUCAAAUGCAGAAAAAUCUAUGUAAUAUAAUCAAUAUAUAGAUAUAAAUAUAUAAACAUGAGCCUGCUCUCCUGUUAUCAUAUCAACAUCGGCCUCUAAUAACCUGAUAUCAGUCGACCACGAGGACAAACACGGCGCUGAAAGACGGCGUCCUCCUGUGUGGAAAUAAAAAACAGAUUUUAUUGAUUUAAACUGACUAUUGAUUAUUAUUAUAAUAAUCUAUUUAAUAAUCACUUUAUCUUCACCCUCAGGUUUAUCUGAAGUUUUUAUGUUGUGAAAAAAUGAUUUUAUUUCAGGUGUGUUCAUACAGGUGUGGUUUUACAUGAUUUUAUUCAGACCUGUCCUUUAUUCACACAUUUGAACUAAAAACAGAGACAAAAAUACAGAUUAACUCUGAGUCUUAAGUCUUAAUAAAAACAAUAAAAAAGAAAGAAAAUGAACACAGUCUGUUUUUAGAAUUUAAAAAAAAAAAUUAAAUAAGUUUCUUUGGGAGCACAGCUGACCUUAAAGAGCUUUUAUUUAUUUUUAUUUUAUUUUAAUCAAUUUUUCAGCUCCAGUCACUCUGAGUCAAACCCCCUCAGUGAUGUAAACUGUUUUCUAACGGUUUUAUUUUUUACAUUUUUUAAUGAGAAGUUUCAGAUUUUUAAAGCAGAGUUCAGAUAAUUCUUCAUCAGGUCAUCAAACCUGAACUCUGAGCCGGGUCAGCCUGCGGUGGGUCAAAAUUAUAUCAGAGUGAAAGUAGAAAAAUACUUUAAUGAAAAAAUAAUAACAAUGUCAAAUAAAUAUAAGAGUAAAGUUUGAAUCUGACUGAGGGAACUUUACAGCUCCAACCUUAAAGACUCACUGAUUUACCUGAACCUGCUCACCUGUCUGAGGACCUUCUACACCUUCAUGAUGCUGCUUCAGAAAACAGACUGAGCCUUAAAAAGACACGACUGUUAAAUACACACACCUGUAAUAACACACACGUGUAAAAACACACACCUGUAGUAACACACAGCUAUGAUAGCGCACACCUAUAGUAAGACAAACCUAUAGUUAAACACACCUGUAAUAACACACACUCUUACCUGUAGUAACUCACCUGUUCUCACACACACUGACCUGUAGUAACCUUCCUCUCUCCCUCCUCUUCCUCUCCAGCUGACCUUCCCUAAAACCAAACUGCUGCUGAUGUCCAACAACCAGGAGGACCUGAACGACUGGUACCAGAGUCUGAGCUCUGCUGUCAGGUGAGGACAGACACACACACACACACACACACACACACACACACACACACACACACACACACACACACACACACUCGUUAAACUCUGUGAGGAUCCAGACAGAUGAAGAAGUUUGUUGGUGACCGUGGUCAGAGGAGGACACAAACCCUCAGACUCUCCAGACCCUCAGAGUCUCUCAGCACUGACCCCCAACCCCCCAAAGACCCCCUCAGUCCCCCCAGAGGAGGGUCCGGGUCAGACCUGCUGAGGGCCCCGACCCCGCUGUGCCCGGACAGGCUAAUUAGUUUAUCACCAUGUCAGAGAGGAGGCAGACCACCCUGCAGAGGAGGGGUGUGUGUGUGUGUGUGUGUGUGUGUGUGUGUGUGUGUGUGUGUGUGUGUGUGUGUGUGAUGUGGGGGCUUCAGGCUGACGGCUGCAGACUCUGGGGAGUGUAAUUAUCUGUGAGGAGGAGCGAGGAGAGGAGCAGGGGUCAGCACCACUCACACCACUGAGGAGAGGGUUCACACACACACACACACACACACACACACACACACACACACACACACACACACACACAGGGCUGAAUUAUUGAUUUAACAAAGACACACUCACACUGCAGGCUGAUGUAGCUCUGAGUCAUGAUCAAAAAUAGAUGAUUUUCUGACGUCACAUCAGAUUCAUGAUUCUGAUAGAAACACACACACAGACACACACACACACUCUCACACUUACACUCACACACACACUUACACACUCACACAUUAACACACACACUCUUGUCUUUGUUUUUCACGUCACUUACAGAAAGUUUUCUCUCUCUCAGUUUCUCAUUUUCAUCAUCAGGACUCUUCUCCUACAGAGACAUGCUGUUGUCAGAAUGUGGUUUGGGAUCAUAUGAAGGUCUUUGUCUGAAAGAGUCUUUGUCUGGAUGGACGCAGAUGUUCCUCCUAGAUCUGGAGAUAUUGUUUAAAACUGAGGAUGCAGCAUCUAUGACUUCCAGUUCUACGUUGAAAGGACAACUGGACUUACUUCAGUUGUCCUUUCAACAUAGAAUAUCAGAUUUUGAUUCCUCAGACCUCAGGAGAGUUUCCGACCCGGUCAUGUGACUAACCUGUCGGAGAUGUUCCUAAAGCUCUUUUUUUUUUUUUUUAGCGUUAAAACUGUCGACCUGUUCGGUUGUUCGUCUGUUUUUUUUUUUACCUGUUUUUACGUUUGUGUUUUUUUUUUUUUUUGCAGGAAGCUGCAGAAUCAAAGUGAAGAUUAUCUGAGAGACGAUCUGAGGAGGAAACCUCUGCAGUCUGAGAGAGAGAGAGACAACACACACACCAACAGGAAGAGGAACAUGGUGUGACACACACACACAGACACACACACACACACACACACACUCUCUAUCUCUUCUUUAGUUUGAGCUCAGAGUUGAACCAGUUUGAUCAGAUUUAGUUCAACUAAAGUGUCGUUAUCGUCGUCAGGCUGUUUCUGAAUCAGAGCUCUUCAUCCUUCAACCUGUCCUCUCUAUAAAACUGAUCCACAUGACCUCUUUACUCGCUCUCUUCAGGUGAACCCUGAGAGCACUGAGCGCGCUCAGACAUCCGCAGAGUGGGGGAGCAGCGCCCCCAAGAGGAUGAAGCCGUCUGACACUGCUGAGCACAGGUGAGAGGGUUCAAUGGAUCAGUUUAAUCACAGAGACAGACUGUGUGUGUGUGUGUGUGUGUGUGUGUGUGUGUGUGUGUGUGUGUGUGUGUGUGUGUGUGUGUGUGUGUGUGUGUGUGUGUGCAGGUGAGAAACUGAUGGAGAAAUUAGACUCCUGAAAAGAUCUAAAAGAGGACGCCUUUGUCUCUGUCUCAACAGUGUGGAGACGUCCUCCUCCAGCUGUGUCAUCCUCUGAUGGACCCACUCCUCGUCCUCCUCUGCAGACUCCUAAGAUCCUCCUCGUCCUCCUCUGCAGACUCCUAAGAUCCUCCUGGUCCUCCUCUCCUUCUGGUCCGUCUGAGAGUUUGACUUCAGACCGUCUGUGAACCAAACAGGACCCCCCUGCAGCGUCACGUCUGUGCCUUUAAAAACACGUUUAUUACCGACAGCAGCUUCUGCUCUUCAUGUGCAAUACGAGAAACUUUAUAUAAACUCUAUUUAAACUUUCUGCAAACACCAAAUAUCUCCAGACUAACUUAGAGCUGCUGCUGCUGCUGAGAUCUGUACUAACUACUGACUAACACUGAAGCAGGAGGAGACUCUCCUCUGGACGUCCUGCUCACCGUCUCACUGAGAGUUACAGAUAUGGGAGAGUCAGACAUCUGUUUUAAACUUUGAUCAGAUUUGAGAGAAUAAAUUUACUGUUUUAUUCUCUUUAACAUCGAGCAGACAUGUCAGAUUAUAAUGAUAUUACAGUUAUAAACACGUAUUAAUGACCAAUAUUCAAUAAACCGAUAAAUACAGGAGUCUUUGUAAACUCAGGGUUUUAUUUUAGAUGGUCUGUCUGUUUGAAUUUAUUUUAAUAUUCUUUAUUGUUUGAUCGUCUUUUUUAAAGUCACGGUUGAUUUUACAGUAAAAGAGGAAGAAGCUCACAGUCACUGAGAUAAAUUCAAACAGAUUUAUUUUUGGUGUUUCUGAAGAGAAUCGGCCCGUUACUUCAUAAAAAAAGACGAAUUAUUUUGAUAAACUUCUCAUGUCAGAGUCUGUAGACAGAGUCCGUUCACACACGCUCCUGAAUUCUGUCAUUUUUAAUAAAUUAGUUUUAUUUUUAAUUUUUUUUAAGAUCAAAAAUAAUUGAAAUUAUUAUUAUUUUUUAUUCAGGUUUACUUAAUGGUGGUCAUUAUUUUGAUUCUCACUCUUCACCGACAGACAGACUAAACCAGCUGAGUUUAAAUUAACCUGUUUUUAUUUCUCUUAAAUUUGAAGUCUGAUUUAUUGAUAAUCAAUCAGUAAUCAAAGCUUUGAAACUCUGGGACAGGUUUCUGUUUAAUUAAUGUGAAUGAACAUGUUUGAUGAUGUUCUCUGAUCAGUCGUUAAUGAUCCUUUAAUUUUAUCUGUUAAUCAUCUUUAUUAUCAGUUUUAUUUUGCAGCAUGUUUCAGAUAUUUUUACCUCCAAGUUCAUAUUUAUCGUUUCUUUGCUUCAAUUUAUUUUGUUCUCUGACUCUCAUUGAAAAAAAUCAUGGGAUGAAAACAAUAAAAAUUCAAAAUAAACCUUUUUAAAAGUU